AUGACUUCCACCAUGCUGGAACCCUUCGAUACCCAGAUGCUGGACUACCCUACGGACAUCGAUGUUCCAAUGCAACCAGAGAUGUGGAUGCAAUAUGAAUCCAGCAUGGAUACAGACGCCCAUUUUGACCCAGAUGAGUCGCUUGCCGACGCCGAUUUCGAUGUCGAAGUGGAUAUGGACUCGUACAAUCCCCCGCCUCAGAAUCCCGAGUAUGAGAUGGUUGACGAUGGUGCAGCUGUCGAGCAGGAAUUUAUGGUCGAUGUGGAGGUCCUGGAUGAGCCUCUUCCCGAUUCGAAUCCCGAGCACCUUGACAUCCAGCCGCCCCCGGUCCCUAUUGUAGAUUUUGCGCUGGAUGUUCCAGCAGACCCUACUCUUAUGGAACACCCUUUGGAGAGUCGUCCAUCCUUUCACGUCACUUUGUCUCAAGGACCCGAGUCACUCCUCCAGAGUUACUCUGAAACGUCACAGUUGACUCAGGACGCUACUAUCCCAUCUUUUGAGCAGGCUACAGAGUCAUUACUGGAAAAUGCCCCAGUGACACCGUUGCCGGUUGAUGAUACAUCGGAUCCAGCCGUCGUCGAUUCGUUAUCUGCUGCACCCUUUGAGCUUCCGGUUGAGGAUUCGUCCUCCCAUGAGAUUCAUGAAGCUGCAAUCGAGGUCCCUUCAGAAGAGGCGGUAGAAUUGUUGGAUGAAGGUCGUCAGUCCCGUGAAGAUGGAACGGUUGUCGCGAGCGAAACAAACGUCGACAAUGUUACGGUGACAAAUGACGAGAUAGCCGAUGCUGACGCAGAACCCGAGUCGGUGCCCAAGCCUGCUGUCGCAGAUGUAGAAGAGGUCGCUGACCUAGGGACUGACGAUGUGCCCAAAGAUCCCCAUGAAAUUUCGGAAGGGGUGUAUAUCGAGCCGCCCCAAGCUGUGCUGCUUUCUUUUCCAGACUUUGAUCAUCCUGACGUUUGCUUGUUCAACCAGCCAAGGGUGGCAUCUUCAUCUUCGCAACCAGAACAGCAGAAAUAUUCUUUACUCCUGGAGCACCACCCUACUCUUUACUAUGAAUCUCUAUCGGCUGUUUUUAGUGCUCUUCGAGAAGACGAGUACCUUGCUGGCGCCAUUGAUCUAUCUACAGCAGAACUUGUCCUAGAUGCGUACGAUCUGCAACUUGUGAUUUCUGAAGACAAUAAAUACGCUAGUGAGGUGACGCUCCAUGAACUGAACAUAAUGCAUGAUGCAUUCGAGAUCUCGGGACCGCUACGUCUGCGGCUGCAUACUGUUACACCGCGAUUUAUUCUACGGUAUCGCCAACUUCAAGAUCAGGUGGCACGCCUCCAAUUGGCAGCGGAUGAGGUAUUCUACGCACCCGAAGAAGGUGAAUAUCUUCUCGUUUUCACCUAA